AGUAUCAGUAUUGGUACUUUACAACUUCAUAGUGGAUUUAAUUAAAUUAAAUCGCUAUUUUUCUGAAUAUUGGCAACAAAUUGAAUGAUCCAUAACUCCGAAACUAAAUGAACCAAUCUCAUCUUGUAAAAAGAAUAUUCAAUUCAAUGAAAUGAAAAGCUCAACACAGCCAGCGAUAUUUUGGUAAUGGGCAAUUAGACACUAAAGGAAUUCGAGUCCUGAAGUUAAAUCAAUCUGUAUUUACUGAGCGGAUACAAAUUGAUGACAGCAUAUUUUUGUUAUUCAACAAAGCAUCCAAUUACAUUAUCGCUAAAGGUCAUACCUAAAUAUAAAAAUGAUAGCCUGUGAAAUAGAUACACAAUUCGAAUACCUCUCUAUACUUGUAACGUUGUCACAGAUUACAACUGUAAUCGAAUAAACUGCACAACAUGAAAAUUGAACUUUUUGUCCUGGCAGUAAUUGGUGUUUUACACCUAGCCUCAUCGAUUUCCGUGGAUGACCUAGAUGCCAAAUGGAUCAAAUACAAGAACGAUUUCCAUAAAAAAUAUGAAGAUCCAACAGAAGAAGCCCGACGUAAGGAAAUCUUCAAGCUGAAACUAAUCGACAUAGAAGAACACAAUGCGAAGUACAAACAAGGACUUGUGUCUUGGUAUAAAAGUCUCAAUCAAUUCUCCGACUUAACUACCCAAGAGUUUGCUGAUCUGCAAGGAGAUACAGAAGUGACAUUACUGUAGGAAGUUCUUGAGCAUCAUACACCAGUUUACUGCAUAAUUAUGUCUAGUAUAUUGUUUAAAUAAAUUGGUA